AUGAGAUUAUCAGCAUCUAGACGUCAUCAAUUACAUUAUCAAAGAAGUCAAAAACUGGUGAAAAAAUUAAUAACUGAAAAGCUUAAGAGGAGUAUAAAUCUUUCUCAGUGCAAAACAGAACUUAUUUUUUCAUCGGAAAACAUCCCACAAGUGAAUUACUCAAAUACAAUUAAUUCAAAGAACUCUAUUUUAAUACUUUCUGCUCUUAUUGUGAUUAUCGUUUUUUUAUCGCUAUUAAAACUCUGAAAUGAUGAUGUAAUGAGCCUGAGAAGACAAAAUGAAUUACUCUUAGAGACCGAAAUAGACCAAUGCAGGCGAGAUUAUGAAAGAAAUAGAUGUGACACAGAACUAAGGAUUCCUAUGGCUGAAGAAUAUUGCAGGGAAAAAGAAAAGUGCUUAAAGCUGAAGGCAAAUCACAAAAUGCUUGAAUCUAAUCUUUAUGCUACCUUGCUUGGAGAGGUGAUAAACAGCUUUAUUGAAACACUUUCUUGAAAAUCAAUUUUCUUUUUUAGCUUUGUACUUAUUGGCUGCAUACUUCUAUGGCUUUAUAUUCCAAAACAUAAAAAAUCAACUUCAACAAAAGAUUAA